AUGUCAAAUUACAACGAAGUGCACCUGACAGGGUUUGCAAAAAGAAACAGAGGUGGAAAAGGUAGCUCAAGAGGUGGACGAGCUAGAGGCGGUGCAAGAGGUGGGUUUAGAGAUAAUAACUACAAUAAUAAUUCAAAAGGUAGUUAUCGACGUGAUGAUACUUACAAUUAUAACAAUAGUAGUUAUGGAGAGGAUGAAGAAGAAGGAAUGUAUAAUCCAUCUACUUACAAUUAUGCAUCAGAACAACAAAGAUCACCGCCAUCUACUAUUAAUCAAACAAACACAUUACACCAACAAACUUUACAACCAACAAGUUAUAGUGAUAUUUCAAGAAGAGAUCAUAGAGAUGAUAAUCCAGCUUACCCUGCACCUGUUUAUUCACCCCCACAACCAAAGACACGAACAAACAUACAAUCAAACAUACAAGCAAAUGUACACACGAACGGACAGCCUGUUGAUACUGCACCAACACAAACUGACCAAGCUCCUGACCAAAACGCAAACCCACAAGAACAAGUUAAUCCUGAAUAUCCUCCAGAAUUUUUUAAUUUUGUUGACAGAAAACUACAAAAAAUAAAUACAUUAAAACCAGAAAAACAAGUAAUUGCCAAAACUCAAUUACAAUCAAUUAUCACCCUAGCUAAAGAUGAAGAUCUUUUUUGGACAAAUGAUUGGACUAAACAAUUAGUUCCAUUAAUUGAUGGUGGAGGUCAAUUAAUUCUACAUUGUAAAAAGACAAAACAUAAAAAAUCAAGUGGUGGUGAAUUAUCACCAUCAUCAGGAUCAUCUUCAUCAAUAGUAUCAAACGCCAACAAACCAGCUAAAAUUAAUGCAAAUAUGAUCCCUAUGGCGGGUCAUAGUGUUUAUGUUCGGCCACCUAGAAAAAGUCAUAGGGUAAUAGAAGAUGAAGAAGAUGAAGAUAUGGAUGGAAAUUCUACUAAUGGAUUCGGUAAUCAUCACCCUACUAAUACAACUGUAGGGGUUGAUUCUAACUUACAAUCCUCAAGGUCAUCUACCUUACCUCCUCUGACUUCUGCACAUGCUCGACAUUUAAAUGAUAAUGAUGAUUUAUUUAUUGAUAAUUCUGCUGCAGAUUUAUCAUAUAAUUCUAAUAAUUUUGGACAGGCGCCACCUCCACCGACUGCUACAAACCCAACUUAUCAGGGCCAAAUUAAUGAAGAAAGACAGGCACAAGUUAUGUCUUAUUCUUCAAUAAAUAACAAAAGAGAUGCUGAUGAUUAUAUCUCUGACGAAAGAAAACGUCAGAGAUUAGAAAGAUUUGAAAAUAAUUCUGGCCCUACAACUCCAACAGAUUCUAAUAGUUCAAGUUCUACCAAAAAUGGUCCAUUAGUUGGUAGAAACACUAAAUUAGAAAAACUGUAUCUUAGAUUAACAUCAGAACCAGAUCCAAAUAAUGUAAGACCACAAAAUAUUUUAGAACAAAGUAUUGAAUUUGUUUUAAAAAAAUCUAAAACAAUGGAUAUAAAAGAUUCUUAUACUUAUCUUAUAAAUCAAUUAAAAUCCAUUAGACAAGAUUUAACAGUUCAACAUUUAAAAAAUGAUUUUACAAUCAAAGUUUAUGAAAUAAAUGCUAAAGAAUCAAUAAAAGCGGGAGACUUGGGGGAAUUUAACCAAUGCCAAACACAAUUGAAACAUUUAUAUAAUUUAGCAAGAUCUUCAAAGGGUUCAAAAAGAGAAUUUAUUGGAUCAGAAGUUGAAUUAAUAGCAUAUAAAAUCAUAUAUAUGAUGAUUACAAGAAAUAAUAGUGAAAUUUCAAAAUUACGUUUAAGUAUACUAGAAGACUACAAGGGAUUUGCAAAAAGAACAUCAGAUUUAAUAUUUUUUGAAUUUAUAAAUUCAUUAUUUAAAUUUAAUGAAUAUUUAUUAUCAAAUAAUUCAUAUAAAUUUUUUCAAGAUAUUUUAAAUUUUAAAAAAUUUCAAGAAAUUGAAUUAGCUUUAAAAAUGAUUUCAAAAUUUUUAUAUGAUAAAAUUAGAAUUGGUGGAUUAUUUACAAUAUGUAGUAGUUAUAAAACUGUUGAUAUUAAUUUUUUACAAAAUUUUUUAGGAUUUGAAACUAAAUCUGAAUGUGAUGGAUUUUUAAAAAAUUAUAAAUUACAUACAUUUAUGAAACAAAAUAAUUUUUCUUCAAUUAGUGCAAAGGGGAAAGUUGGUGAAAUUUUUAAAAAAAUGUCAAAAGUUGAUAUAAAAGGUCAAAUUUAG